GUGCCGCUGCUGCGAUGUCCGGCCCGGCUCCGGAGCCCGACAGCGGGGCUGAGUCCCUCUCCUCCGAUGAAAAAGAGGUGACACCCAAUGGCAUGGAGGGAUCAUCGGGGUCGGCCGAGGAGCAGCCGGAGGGAGAAGCCAGUUCUGAAGACAGCUCCAGCAGCAGCUCAGAAGAGGAGUCAGAUGAAGAACAGGAGGAGAAGGAAUCCCCGCCUUACUGCCAUGAGUCAGUCGAAGGGAGCUACUUGCCACCCUGUGAGCACUGCAGGAAUGAAAAUGACCAGAAGGAGCAAGUGACCCCCAGGAGACUUGCUGGAGGACAAUUCAUGGUGCAGCUGGACGCAGAGGGCUCCUACCAGUGCAGCAGCACGGGGCUGAUCUUCGAGGUGACGGGCAGGGCCAGGGUCACCUACUGCCUGCUCUCCUGGAGCAAGUACGCGCAGCUGGUGCAGCCGCCCUGGAUCGUGGGCGGGCCCCUGUUCGACGUGCGCUGCUCGGCGCCCGGCGCGCUGCUCUCCAUCCAAUUCCCGCACUGCCUCUGCCUCGGGGGUCAGGGGGAUGGCGUGGCAUUCAAGGUGCUGCACAUCAAGGCCGGUGGCGCGGCCAUCGAGCCCUCGGCCGAGUUCUCGGCGUCGCACGUCAAGUGGGUGGUGAGCUCCCUGUCCCCCGUGGGACCCCUGAUCCACAGCCAGGAGCCCCUGCAGUACCACGGCGCUGUCAUCCUCUACAAGGCCAUCGACGAGCACCCCUCCCUGUCCUUCUGGGUCUACCUGGCCACCAACAACGACUCCUUCAUCAAGGAUAUCUCAAAGGCUGUAAAGCACUCAAAAAGGAAAUUUGUUCAAAUUGAAAAGCCCCCAGUAUGCCAAAAGUUACUGCAGGAAGGAAAGAAGUACAGACUGAUCUGUGAGCCAGAGGCUGAAAUAACUCCUGAGGAGAUUGAGUUUGUUGACGGGUCACUGCUGAAGCUGAAGAGUUACUUUGAGGUGUAUUUGGAGAAGCCUGAUGACUUCACCUUGUCCCUGGUGGAGCAGGACUCAGAUGAGACUGUCUGGAAAGCCAAGCUGAGAGAGAGGGAUUGGAUCCACUAUGACCUGAACAAGAACGAGCAGAAGAGGAGCACAGGCAGUGUGAAGAGGAGGAAGCCAGCCCUCAGCAUCCUGGAGGAAGAGGGGCUCCACAGCAAAAAGCAAAAAACCGGCGGCACUGCAGAUGUAAUGGGAGCAAAAAGCUUAACAGACAAACAGCUGCUGGUGAUUGCCAAGCUGCUGGACCGGCACUGGAGGGAGAUGGCCAUCGAGUGCCUCCAGAUGGAGAUGAAGGACAUCGAUGACAUCCGGGCCUCGGAGGACGACGUGACCAUGCAGAAGCUGCUGGUGCUGAGGAAGUGGAGAGACAGGGAGCAGGGCCAGGGCACUGCAGAGGCUCUGCAGAGGAGCCUGGGGGAAAAAGCCACCUAUGAGAUCCUGCAGGCACUGCAAGGUUUCCUGGCUCAGAGCUGAGCCAGCUGGAAGGAGGAGGAGGAGGAAGAAGAGGAGGAGGAGGUGGGAGCUUCCCAAUCCAACCAUUCUGCUCCCCUGGGAUCCUGCUGAGGCUUUGGAAUGUUCCUGGUGGGAAGUCCAGGCAGGAUCCUCCAGAAAAAUGUGAAUGGAAUUUGGUGUGGGCAGGAGCCACUUCCAAGGCUUUCAGGAGAGGUGGAUCCCAGAAUUCUGGGCUUCACCCCCAGGCAAAGCCCCUCCAGGAGGACACAAACACUGGGAGAAGCCACUUGAUCUUUUUCAUCACCUGGAAAAGAUUUUUAUUUCCUUCAGGGAAAAAACAGGGAGAAGAAUUCCCCUGGAACCUUUCAUCCCCUUCCAAAGCCACUGAACUGCCAGAAUCGUGAGGUGCAUUGGAUUUCUCAUGGAUCAGGGAAGAAUAAUCCGAAACUUGUACCAAAUUCCUUGGCAUAAUCACUGUAUAUAUGGAAUUAUUGUACAGAUCCUGUGCAUCCAGUCCUUGUUAAGCUGUGGUUCUGCUUCCUGAGAUUCCCAAAGAUGGGAACACCACUGUGAACUCCAGGCAGCUCGGAAUUUCCCCAUGGAAUUUCUUCUCCCCUCUUUUCUGUAUAGCUUGUCUCCUUUUUUUACGUUUUGUAAUUCCUUUUUUGUAUGAGAAACUUUUUAUACUUCUUUUUGGUUUUUUUUUACUUGAUUUAUUCGAACUUGGAUAGAAUUUAGGUGCUUAAAAUGUGAGGUGCCGAAAUCUCUGUGCUGCAGGAUUGGAAAAAAAUUGGGAGAAAUGGAAUUUGCAGAAGAGAGGAGCGACCAGAUCCAGGACUGGCUUGUUUUUAAGGCUGUGGGAGACUUGGGAUCAUCUUCCUCUGUGUAUGUUUGGGAAAGGAAAACAGACUUUUGAAAAAUAAGGAUUAAACAGGAAAAUUAUCCAUUA